ACAUUAUAAUGAGAAGCCCAGGACUUUGUACGCUUGCUAAGUGGAGAGUAAGGAAGGGGAGGUAACUGAGAAGGGAGAGAAGGUUUCUGUUGGGGCCUUUGGUAGAGGGGGUGGAGCAAGAGUCCAGUCCUACAGGUAAGCUCACCUAUCAGUCCAGCUGAGGGGGGGGGGUGUGGGGCCAGGCUGGUCAGAGGUAGACAGGAAGGGAGCCAAAGGCUGGGUUGGGCCAGAUGCUGUUAGAGCUUUAACCAGUCGGUUCAGACUGGUUAAAGUUGCGGGCACACCAGUAGCAGGCUGGACUUGGGGCAGAGAGGAAGCAAGACAAUGGAGGGGAAGAUGCAGCCUGUGCUGUGGAUGCUCUGUGCUGUCUGGGUGACUGUCCAUGCCAUCUCUGUGGAAACCCCAAAGGAUGUUCUUCGGGCUGCUCGGGGAGAGAGUGUCACCCUUCCGUGUACCUACCAAACUUCCUCCCUCAACCGAGAAGGAUUUAUCCAGUGGGACAAGCUUCUAAGGAGUCAUACGGAAAGGGUAAUCACCUGGAUAUUUACGACCAAAAACUACAUCUACGGUGACCUUUACCUGAACCGUGUCAACCUGUCAGUCCAAGUCGAUCGGUCAGAUGCCUCUGUCACCAUCGAUAAGUUGACCAUGGAUGACAAUGGUACCUACGAGUGCUCCGUCUCUCUGAUGUCAGAUAUGGAGGGCACCUCCAAGUCCCGCGUCCGCCUCUUGGUCCUGGUGCCACCCUCCAACCCAGACUGCGGCAUCCAGGGAGAGACUGUGAUUGGGAACGACAUCCAGCUGACCUGCGAAUCCAAGGAGGGCUCCCCAGCCCCUCAGUACAGCUGGAAGAGCUAUGACGUGCUGAACCAGGAGCGUCAUCAGGUCACACCAGUCACAGGACAGAUCUUCUCUCUGAAGAACAUCUCCACAGAAAUGUCAGGUUACUAUGUCUGCACCAGUUCCAAUGAGGUGGGGAUACGGUCCUGCAACAUCACUCUGGCCGUCAGACCACCCUCCAUGAACGUGGCCCUGUACGCGGGCAUCGCGGGGGGCGUGGCGGCGGCCCUCAUCAUCAUCGGCGUCAUCGUCUACUGCUGCUGCUGCCGGGAGACCAGUAAGGCCGAGGACGCUGAGGUGGCGCGGCCGAAUCGGGCAGCUUACCAGGAGCCGCCAGAGCAGAUGAUAGAGCUUUCCAGAGAGCGGCAAGAGGAGGGAGAGGACGGCUACAGGGAUGAAGAUCCGAGUGACCCUGACCAGGAGUCCCCUGACCAAGCUGGCCAAUGACCGGGGCCUGCUACAGUCUGGGGGAGGGGAGGAUGGGGUCAUCACCCUACCUCUCCUUUCCAAACUGCGCUGUUCUGACCCUUCAUCCCCAUCAUUGAUGGGCUGCUUCUUCCCCAUGAUGGCUGCUGGAGGACUUGGCUUGGCCUGGCCGGGGGCAUCUCAAUUGUGACUGACACUGCCAGGGGCCCUCACCUGCAUGGUGGCCCUCCCAUUGCCACAUCUGGCUCAGGACCCACCCUCACCCUGGACCAGGCCUCGGUUUCCACCUCCCCAUGGUGCUACCACCCGUGAAUGUUCUACAAAUGCUCCUCAGGUGGGUGACAGCUGCCCUUGGCCACCUGUAUGCCCAGCACCCAAGGGAACAAACCUGGCAGAGGGUCUGCAUGCAAUACAUUUUUGUUGAAGGAAUGAAAGAAUAAAUGAGUACAUAAAGGAGUCCCUUUCUUUAUCCAACUUCAGUACAGACUCCUUGCUUUGGACCCAUGCUGGCCUGGCCUCAAGCUCCCUUUCCAGCUGCAUCUCCUACAACUUUCCUGAACAUUCCAGAGGCUCCCUGCAAGGGCCACCCCAGCUCCCACUGCCCACUCCUUUAUGGGGCUUUGCUUUCUGUUUGGCUGGGAGAGCCCAUGCAGCUCUCAUUUCCGCCUGUCAAAUCAUGCUUGGCCCUCUAGGCCCCUCUCAAAUCCCAGCAGACUCUAACCCUCUCCUGAAUGGCCACAUGUCUAAGGACAGUCUUGUUGUUUUGUCCCACAUCACAGGCUAUCUGGCACAGUUAACUGAGCAUGUCUCUCCCCCAUGUUAUAGUGUGAGUUCUGAGGGCAGGGCCUGGGCCUCACUCCUCCCCCAGAGGCCUUGUAGCCCACAGCCCUCCUAGCAGGUGCUCAGUCCAGCUUCAUUUGGGAAACUACUUUGAUAGGUUGGGCCUUCCCCUCUCUGGUCUCCCUGAUAGGAUUGUAGACCCAGAGAUGACUCUCACCCAAACCCACUUGCUAGUUUUGUGAACUAAGCAGGAGACAAUUUAAAUGAAUGCACACCCAUAGGAGCACACACAAGGGAGCUAGUUUGCAGCUGGCCCUGGGUUCUAAGGUUGUAGUGAUUCCUCUCAAGCCCAGAGCAACUGACAUGCCCACCUUUGCUUCCCGAAGCUUAACGCCUGCCCUGCCCUGCCUGUUCCUGGCUCUGCUUUGCUGCCUGGGCUGUCUUGCUCCCUCUCCCACAGCCUCUCCCCUGUUGGUGGAUUAUUUCUUGUGCUCCCAGGAGCUCAGCAAAGUCCUGGCUGUUUGGGUUUUGUGGCCUAGUGCUAGUCUCACCCAAAAGCAAUUUACUAGGAAGUAAACAUUGUCAUUUUUUUUUCUGGAUGAUCAGAAAAGCAAUUCUGUAUAUCUGUUGUCCAUCCGUGAUUUUUUAAAAUAUAUAUUUUAUAUCUUUUGUUAAAAUUUUUUUGCUUCAUUCAGAAUGUUGUCAGUAAUAAUAAAAUUGUCAGUGGGGAUUCUUAUUCCUUUUUUAAUGUGGGUUUUGUUCACACCAAGGUAGAGAUUGUGUUUCAUGGGUUUGUGUUGACCUACUGUGGGCCUCUUGAGCUUCCUGGGAGAGGUGAGGUGAGGUGAUGGAGUGGAGUGAGGAGAGCAGAGGGUCUGAUGGUGUGGGUCCCAUUGCUUGUGGCCACCAUAGGGUCAGGCAGUGUUGCCAAUGGUGGCUGGGGACAGGACAUAGUCUUGCCUAGUUGUAGAAGAAUAUUCUAGACACCUGCAGGGACAGGAAGACCGCACAGACUUGGGAGUCUGUGCACAUGUUUCAAGAAAGAUGGUGGAGAGGCUCCUGCCAGUUUUACCCUAAACGGCGCCUCUCCUGAAAGAAGAGGAAGCAACCCCAGCAGCUUGCUCUGCCAACUUGCUCUGUGACUGUCUCCUGCCACACGUUGCAGGUCCUCUCCUCCACGUCCUUUCCCAUGGUGCCCUUUGCUCCCAUCCCCCAUCCCCCCCCCAGCACCUGUCCCAUGGUACUGUCAUUACCAUGGUCUGUUUCCACCUAGGCCUGUAAGAUUCAUGAGGAUAGGAGCUGAAUCUUACCCAUGGCCUGGAUGUGUUGACACAAACUCGAUAAAUGUUCAUGGAAUGAAUGAUGUCUGGUAUCACCAUAUCCUGCCCAAGGCCACCUCCUAAUCCUCUAAAUACUCUGGGUGCCUUCCAGUCAUCCUGGUGCCAGGUUCUCCAGGCACGUUCUUGAGGGAGCUGUGGAAGGGAAGUGACCCCUUCCCCUAGUCCUGGCCUGGCUCACCUCUCUGCCUCUGGAAGGGCUCUGAAAGUUCAUCCACCUUAGCUCCAGUCUUGGGUAAGAAAAUGAAGGGGUUCUUAUUGUGGCUCAAUGGUAACAAACCCGACUAGGAACCAAAAGGUUUUGGGUUUGAUCCCUGGCCUCACUCAGUGGGUGAAGGAUCCGGCAUUGCAGUGAGCUGUGAUGUAAGUUGCAGACGUGGCUUGGAUCUGGUGUUGCUGUGGUGUAGACUGGCAGCUGCAGCUCUAAUUUCACCCCUAGCCUGAGAACUUCCAUAUGCCAUGGGUGUGGCCCUAAAAAGACAGACAGACAGAAAGAAGGGAAGAAAGGAAAAAAGAAAGAAAAUGAGCGCAAUCAGGAUCCAUGGCAUUAAUUCAGCAACAGAUAUUUUGUGAGCUUCAAAGAAGAGGUGAUAUAUGGGCUGCAUCUUGAAGGAAAAUGAGGACCUUUAUGAGUGGAAAGGGGGUGCUGCUGACCCUUCUGCCCUCCCUUUCAGGGCUUUAUUACUUGGGUCUCGAAUCACCUUAUCAGUUGAUGAGACUGCACUCUCCUGUUAAAUUUAUUUCAAUUGAGCAUCCUUUCUAUAGAGACCUACUUAUCAAAAUAAAGAAAUGGUCCAGGCAGUUCAUCUGACUGUAGAGUUGGAGGGGAGGUCUCUCUUUUAAAAAUUUGACUUUUAUCACAUGCGUUGGUUUUUAGGUGUGGUGCUUAUCUUUGUAUUUGAGUUUUCUUGUUAAUACAGCUGACUUUGAAGAACACAGGUUUGAACUACAUGGGUCCACUUCUAUGAAGAGUUUUUUCAACAAAUACAUUGGAAAAUUUUGGGGAGAUUUAUGACAACUUGAAAAACUUGCAGACAAACUACAUAGCCUAGAAAUAGCAAAAAAAAAAAA